CGCGCAUGCUGUCGCGUUGUCCAUCGAAAAGACAAUGCAGAAUGCAUUCUUCAAUAAGUUUUCUUUUGUCUACGCAUUAUCACUGUCUUUGAGUUUGAUGGAGUCCAUUUGCGGCAUCAUUCUCAACUCACCCUGAUGGUUACAGGUCCCUUCUCCAGAUAUGCCCUACAUGUAACUCUGGCCACUCUCUAGAUUUUCUGAUGAAGAAUGAAGCUGGUAGGGUACACCCGUAAAACACCGUCGGUCGUCGUCGGCGUGUUGCUGGCAUUGUUCAUUGCCUACGCAUAUUUCUCUGACUCGUUUUCUUCCUCAAGUGAGGCACCGAGCAAGUCGAUCCAGUUUUUAGAAGACAAUGCGGGUGGUAUUGGUGGUGACGUCGAGGAGAAGAGUACAGAAUCGACUCAAGUGAUGGAAAAGCCUGCAACUAAAGCUGCCGCGAAAACGUCAAAAAACCUCAAGAUGACGAAGGCAGAGUAUUUGAAGCUGGUGAAAUCUUCCCAUGAUACAAGCCAAGAUGGAGCUAUUCAGUCUUUCCAGGAAGAACGUCUAUCGCAUCUGAAAGGUUUCUGUGACAAAACAGGCCCGCACGGGACCUGGAAGACGCUAUCACCAGUGAAGCGCCACAACCUGUUGAAGCACCUGUUGGUCAGUGACAAGUACAAGUUCCUGUACUGCUACACACCGAAAAUCGCAUGUGCCAAUUGGAAGAAGAUUCUGAAAGUGCUUGAUGAGAAGGCCAUACAUCCCAAUGACGGCGUUCUCGAUCACAUGAGGGAUGUCAAGUUUCUCAGUAACUAUCCAGAGGCUGAGAUUGAGAAACGUCUUCGCACCUACUACAAGUUCACCUUUGUACGUGAGCCAGUCAGCCGUCUAGUCUCGGCGUUCAUCAACAAGUUCCGCGAGAUCAAGGACUUCCAGCUGCGUUUCGGUGUGCCCAUUAUCAAGAAAUACCGCGCCAAUCCACCGGAAUCCACUCGAGGCGAUGAUGUAACUUUCGAUGAGUUUGCUCGCUCUCUAUUCGACUCUAGCCCGGAACGUUACAACGAACACUGGAUGUCGGUGGAAAACCUUUGUCAACCGUGUGUAGUCAACUAUGACUUUUUUGGCGCUUACGAGAAUCUCGAGGCCGAGGCCAACUUUCUUAUUCGCCAAGUGAAUGCCAGCAAAAGGGUGGCUUUCCCUUCACCGCAGAGCUAUUACAAGCCUGCGAGUUUAGAUAAAGUGCGCGCCAUGUUUCUAAGCUUGCCAGAGGAUCAUCGGCAGCAGCUUGUCAAGCUGUUCGAGAAUGACUUUCGAAUGUUCAACUAUCCGCUGCCACAGUCAUAGUGCUCCGGCUAUGGCCGACGACUACCCGCGUGCGGUCAUGCUCUACAUUACAGGAUUAUAACCAUUCUCCAUCAUCAUUCUCCUUUAGUUAUGUUUGACCACUCGAACAUUCUUUUAACUGUGCUAUAUUAUUCUCACCGGUCCUGGUGUGCAACUCUUUUUUAUUGCUUUCUUGCUGCCCAGUAGCAUAAUACGGCCCGUGUUGUCGGGAUUCAAAUAAAAGUUCACAUCUUCCGCGGGUUUCGUACAAUAUUAUUAGUGUCACUUGAGCUCAUCCUGGUUUAAAAUUCUUUUAGAAAAUAUAUCCCAUUCUAAUUUUAGCGUUGAAUAUCCCUGCUUGUGCCCACAUGCUGCUCAGUUCCUUGGAAACAAACCUGCUGAAUGCUUGGGUAUUUUAGUAUUUUGCCUCAUUUCCAUUUUGUAGGCUAUUUUCAGUGCAUUGUUGGCUACCCGGCUCCCAAUCACAUGCUAGUUUUGUUUCUCGGUGCUGGUCACCAACCAGGCUGCUGCUUCUGCCUAUGCUGUCUCCUUUCUUCUUGGCCUCUGCAGUCGGCCAACACACAGCUGCGCUGGAUUGAAGUGAAGUUAUAUGUUGGAAUA